UGGCACUAGCAGGAGGCGCGCCGCAGUGUCAGUGUGCUGGUGGUAGCGGCUGCCAGAGGACGCAGCCAAAAGCGCGUUACUAAAUUUUACACUCAUACAUCACUGACUUUUCAACAUUAGCCUUAGUCAUCAUUAUGGAGAGACACUGACGUUGAAGACCCUGUCAUAACUCACUGCAUUUCUUACAAAAAGAGAAAAAUUAUCUCGACGUUUUCCAGAAUAUUAGAUAUCAAAGAACUUAUCAUUUAGGCUCCAUGGCGCCCAACGAGCAUGCUGCCAGCGCCCCAAUGGCAGAGGAAUACGAACCCUUGCAAGAUCCUGGAAACUCUGGCAACAUAAAGCCACAAAUCUUAAGUUCAGAACAGUACUCUCUCCUCCUGCAGCCAAAGAAGCAGCGGUAUUACAAGACAAGGGCGAUCUCCAGGCAGGUGUUCGCGGCGGCGUUCGCAUCCCUGUCCUCUGUGUCCAUCGGGUUCAUCACAUCCUACUCGUCCCUUACUCUGCAGCAACUCAGAAACGACACGUCCAUUGAUUACGUCGACAGCAGGGAUGCGGGAUGGAUAGCCUCCGUGCCGUCCAUCUCGUCAAUUGUGGGUUCCCUGUUCGGGGGCUUCCUGAUGGACGCUGUGGGGCCGCGAAUGACGCUCGUGAUGACCGCCCUGCCCUGCCUCUUCUCGUGGGCCUUCAUCGCCUUCUCCAACAGCGUCACCCUGCUGUACAUCGGCCGCCUCAUCACCGGCAUCUUCUUGGGGAUCUUCUCUCCUGUGCCUCAGGUGUACGCGACGGAGAUUGCUGAGCCGCACAUCCGAGGCCUGAUGGGAACCUUCCCAGAGGCUGCCGUGGCGCUUGGCAGUCUUCUUUGCUACGGCUUCGGGGCGAUAACAGAUUGGCGCUGGCUGGCGGUAGUGUCGGCGGUGGUGCCCGGCGUGCCACUGUUCCUGAGCAUGUUGUUGCUGCCCGAAUCGCCACAGUGGCUCGUCAAGAAAGGAAGACUGUCCAGCGCCGAGAAGUCCAUACAGUUCUUCAGGUGCCCGACCCACAACGUCAAGGGGGAAGUGGACAUCAUUCACACCAACAUCCUGGAAACGGACGGGGCUGAGAUAUCCGUGUGGGAGCAACUGCGUCUCUUUAGAAAACCACAAAACUGGAAGCCUGUGCUGAUUGUAUUCCUGGUGUUCAUCUGUGGCCAGUUCAGCGGCUUUGCUGUUGUGACUGCUUACACGGUCGACAUUUUCAACGAGGCGGACACAAACUUGGACGCAAACAACGCCACUGUUAUUGUCGGCGUGGUGAGAUUCAUGUCCACCCUGGUGAGUGCCGCGCUACUGGACCGUGUUGGCCGCAAGCCGCUGCUCAUCAUCUCGGCCAUCGGCUCCAGUGUUGGCAUGGUCUCCAUCGGUGCCUUCUUUUAUCUCAGGACAGUGGGGAGCGCUGAGGGUCUGGGACUCCUGCCGCUGGCGUCGCUGCUCGUCUACGUGUUCUUUAACGAGUUGGGUUACGGCCCCAUUCCCUGGCUGCUAUCCGGUGAGCUCAUCCCGCUGGCCGUCAGAACCAUCGGAAACGGUGUUGCCGUCACUGCUUAUUCCUUGGCUGCCUUCAUUAUUGGCCUCACAUUCCCGUACCUCACAGCCCUCAUGUCCACCUACUUAGUGUUCUGGAUGUACGCAGUCUUCAGCCUCUCUGGUGUUGCCCUCGGGGUCUUCUUACCAGAGACAAGAGGCAAGACGCUGGAGGAAAUUGAAAAGUUCUUUGCGCCAGAGAAUAAAGAGUUCAAAAAGAUUCCUUUCCCUUGAGCUAAGCAUGAUGUUCCGCAACACUACCACCAUAUGAUAUACGUAUAUACCAAAGUGCCUUAAAGAAAACGUCUAGCUGCCAAUGUUCGUAGAGCUUGCUUAGUCAGUUGUCAAGAGUUCUUUUUACCGUCUCGGACUCGCCUGCCACACUACAGUCAUUCCACGUGUAGAAGCUUAAGUGGUCACUGCAGGAGGCUUGCAUUAUGACAUAUGCGCAUGUAACUAAAAGCUAAACGGGAUAGAUUUUCAAAAGUAACUUCACGUUCACGAAGUAUUAAAGGUUGUGACGCACUUGACCUUCAGACUUAAAACAUUAUUACUUGUUGAUCCGGCGCUCUCUGCUUCAAGUCACUUGUUAUGCAAUUAUAUGCCUGCAAUUUUGACUCAACAUCAUAUAGGGCAUCUAAGUUCAUGAAAGAAGGAUUUUCUGUACAAGGCAAGUAAGUAUAAUGGAUCUUUAAUUCUUGGCUUUAACAUAAUAUUUACAGUGUUCCAACUUCCUAGGUCUCUGACUCAGCAUCAGAUACAAAAUAUUAAAGUCAGCGAAGAAACUGAAAUGCGCUGAAGAGUUUUUGGUACAUGUCAAAUAUAAAUGAGCUUCUCUCCAUUUUAGACCGAGAUAUUCAGUGACAUCGCCCACGUGUUACUAAAAAGAAGUGUAUUUGUAACGCGAGGAACUUUCCGUCGUGAGUACAUACUGCCCCUGUUGUCACUGUCUGUUAAAGAAAGUCAGGAAUCAAGGACAACAAAUGACAAACUUCGCCACAGUAACAGAAAAUCCAGAAAGACUGAAAAAGAGAGUCAAGACACUGAAACAAACACACCGACACACACACACACACACACAUUCAUACCAGAAAAAAAAAAAAAGUGACGAAAUGGGAGGAAGGAGAGGAAGGGAUGACAAUGUGUGAACUAUUUUGUAUUUCACUGGUUUUUAAUACAUUUCCGUGCAUGUUGUUCUACCUAAUGUGUUGAUUCCACGUUGAUUUUUGUAUUUUUUUUAUUUUUUUAUGUGAGUCUGCAUCUUUUUUCCCUUAGAGAAAAUGAGGCAGAGGAAGAAGGAAUACGAAAUAUUGAGAGAAGAAAAGCAGUCUUCUGUCUGUUGCUUAGAAAAAAAAAUGACAAAGGGAACUCUGAAUAAGAAAAGUAAGUUUGAUGCAAGUGAUAACUUUUAACUGUUAUUUAUUUAUUUAUUUAUUUUUUUUCAUCCUGAAGCCGUAACAGAUUAUUAUGAGGGACAUGGAUUAGUUCUCUCUUUACAUGUGCCAAAAAAUGUAUUCCUGAUCAAAACCACGUAGAUCUGUAAACACUACAAUCCAUCUUGCCUUCAAACCAUUCGUGAGGGACAGUUGAAUUGCCUCAUUACAAAAGUUUCACCUACUGCCUUAUUUGUUUUAAGGGAAUUAAGACUGUAUGCAUUAAUCAAGAGGUGCUAUCACUUUUUUCGUUCUUUCGUUACAUGGAAUGGAGAUUGGUCAAGGGCUGCACAAAUUUUAUAUAAAAAGCCUGCUUAAUAACCACUCCCUAAAAGUUUGUAUAGCAAAGGUCCUGGAAAGGUUAGCCGAUUUAGUUUUGGAUCUGUCUUAAUACUUUCUCAAAGGUGUUCAAGUCGUAGGAAGGUGGAAAACAGAGGCACGUCCUUGAGGGACAGGUUGUUCAUGAUUUUAUACAACUUGGUAACAUGAUAUUUAGAUUUUUAGACUAAAUUAAUUGUUGAUUGUAAUUUUUAUAUAUAAAAAGAGGAUUUUGCAUUUCUUACUGUUGUAUAUUUUGGCAUUCAGAGUAAAUUAUUUAAUUACA